AUGGGGGUAGAAUCGAUUGAGAUCGGUGAUGCUGAGGAUGGCUUCAAGGCACACUUGCACGACAAUCCAAGCACGCUGAACCUAGUCAAUAGUAUAUAUCUUGAAGAUAUUUCCUUCUCUGACGUGGACACCGACCUAGAGAGUAUAGGCUGGAGAGCUGGGAUCAGGGAGUGGCUUGUUUUGAGCUGUAUUUCCCUUGUCGCUAUGAUGGAUGCGUUUGACACGACGAUGAUGAUACCCGUCGUACCAGACCUCUCCUCCGUUUUUGAACAACCGCUUCGAAGUGCCCUCUGGAUAGAUGCGUCCUACCUAGUAGCGAAUGCAGCCAGCCAGCCCCUUUUUGCGAUGCUAUCCGAGGUCUUUGGACAGGGACCGAUUCUCAUCAUCUCUGUCGUGAUUGCCACAAUUGGAACGGGUGUAUGUAGCGGUUCGAUGGACAUGUUUACUCUAGUCGCAGGACGACUGGUUCAGGGUAUUGGUAGUGGCGGCGCUAUGGCUGUUUCGAUACUUGUGAUGGCCGACCUUGUCCCAUAUCCGCACCGGAUCCGGUUUUGCGAUUAUAUUUGUCGUGCAUGGGCACUGGGAGCGAUCUUUGGGCCAAUCCUGGGAGGCCUUUUUGGCGAAUACGUAAAUUGGACAUGGAUUUUCUACUCCAGUUUCGUCUUUUGCGCAUUGAGCCUCUUGGUGAUUCCAUUUGCGAUCGAUCUGAAGGGGUGCAAUAAGAUUUCUUGGCGUGCGAUGGGAGAAAUGGACUGGCUGGGUGCUACUUUCAUGCUCUUGGGGAUUAGCUGCCUUCUAGUAGGCCUCAGCUGGGUAGGCCGGCCGUCACCGUCUGGAUGGGGCGACUGGCGCAUCCUAGCUUUCAGCUGUGUUGGCGGAUUUGCAAUGCUUGGCCUCGUCCUUUACGAAAACAUAUGGGCCACUCAACCGAUGUUCAACCUGGCUAUUUUCAACUCGAUUCCUACGAUAAUGGUGUACAUUGGCGGCUUACUUCACGGGCUUCUGCUACUCUGCCACCUCCAAAACCUCCCGAUGUAUCUGAUUCUCGUCAAAUACCUCUCUCCAGCCCUCGCGGGACUAGGGAUUGUCGUCAUCACCGCCCCGGUUCUCCCGGCACUUUUACUCACUGCGAAGAUGGGCAUUGCUAGGAACGCGUCUCUCUCGCGCUGGGUCGUUCGCGCCGGCUGGGCCCUCAAUCUCCUCGCAUCGAGCUGCUUCAUCCUCCUUGACGCCGAGACCCCGUCUCCGGGAUGGGUCUUUAUCUUCUUCGUUACGGGGGCCAGCCAUGCCCUUCUCAUUUCGGGAUACAACACAUGCACGCACAGGGAGGCGGUUGUCAAUCAUAAACCGGGACAAGGAAGGCAAGGACUCUGCCAACACCAACACCAACACCAACACCAACGCCAUCACCACCAUCAGCCAUACACGGCGCGAAGAGGGAGAGCAAGCAGUCCCGCGUUCGCCGUCCUGAUGUACUCGAUUCUCCGCACGUGGGGGAUGUGCAUUGCAGUGCCGGUGAGCGGGACCAUCGUUUUGACACAGAUGGCCCAGGAAGUUGAAGGGAAUUCCGGAGCUUUUUCGGGAUCGUUGCUCCGACUAGGGGAAGUUAUGUUGUCGAGGGAUGACCGGGAUGAAUUGAGUGUGGCUUUUUUGAAUAGUUUCCGGGUGGUGUGGAGAUUUUUUAUGGCGGUGUCUGUGUUGGGAGGAAUGUCUUCGUUGCUGAUUCGGUAG